AUGGCUGGAAUCAACUAUGAAUCUGGACUUCCAAUAAACCAAGCUGAAGACGACAGUGAGGAAGAUUGUGAAUUACCAGCUGAACUAGCACGACUCCUUGAGAACGAAGAGAAAGAGAUUCAGCCGUACAAAGAACCAGUGGAUGUCAUUAACUUGGGUUCUAAAACUGACAAAAAAGAGAUGGAUCCAAUAAAAUAUACAUUUGAAAAGCCUGCUGUUACUGGUAGAAUUGCCCAGUGGAAAAUGUUGCUAACCGAGUACGAUAUACAGUACGUGACCCAGAAAGUAAUAAAAGGGAGUGUUUUGUCUGACUAUCUCGCUCACCUGCCUGUCGGAGGAUACCAACCGUUGAGGUUUGACUUCCCAGAUGAGGACAUCAUGUUUACCAAAGAUUUUACUAUGCCAGGCUUCGAGGUAAGCCUUGAGGAAGGCCCUGAACCAGGAUCGCGAUGGACGCUCGUGUUCGACGGUGCUUCCAAUGCCCGAGGUCAUGGUAUAGUUGUUGUUAUCACUUCUCCAACUGGUUUCCACAUCCCCUUCACUGCUAGGUUAUGUUUUGACUGCACCAACAAUAUGGCAGAUUAUGAAGCAUGUAUCUAUGGUUUAGAGGCGGCAAUCUACUUGAGAAUCAAAAUCCUUGAGGUAUUCGCUGAUUCAGCUCUGGUAAUCAGUCAGGUGAAAGGUGAUUGGGAGACUCGGGAUAGCAAGUUAAUACCCUACAAAGAGCACAUCAGAAAACUGAUACCUUAUUUUGAUGAAAUCUCCUUUCAUCAUAUUUCUAGGGAAGAAAAUCAGUUAGCAGACGCUCUGGCUACGCUGGCAUCUAUGUUCAAAGUCAAAUGGAAGAAUGAAGCACCAUCCAUCCAAAUUGACCACUUAGAUGAACCAACACAUUGUCUAGCAAUUGAGGCCGAUCCUGACGAUAAGCAUUGGUUCUACGACAUAAAGACAUUUCUGGAGAAACAACAAUAUCCCGAGGGUAUAUCCAUUACCGAUAAGAAAGCUCUGAGAAGACUCUCUUCUAAGUUCUUCCUAAACGGUGAUGUACUAUACAAGAGGAAUUAUGAUUUCGUACUGCUCAGAUGCGUGGACACACAUGAAGCUAGUACAAUCAUAAGGUCCAUACACGAAGGCUGCGAGGGUGUACAUGCAAAGGGUCCCGCUAUGGCCAAGAAGAUUCUCCGGGCUGGUUAUUAUUGGACAAUAAUGGAGAUGGAUUGCUACAACUUUGUGAAAAGAUGCCAUAAGUGCCAGAUAUAUGAAUUCCGGGGAAUAAUAAAAAGCUACAUUAAAGAGAAACAAUUUGCAUUACCGUUGAAAUCCGAUAAACCUGAUAGGUGA